AUGGACGCUGACGGGGCAUCAGCGGCAGUCCUUUUCAUGUCUGCCAUCGAUAUCCAAACACUGCUCGGGGCUUACUCUAUAGCAACUACUGACCUGAAUAGGACCGCAAAUCUUCUUGCUGCUUGGACUUACUCAGUUGCUCUGUAUUCCAUCCCCACCCCCCUCUGCAUGACGUCGCUUUACGCGUCGCUCUUUUUCCUUUUUCCUUUCAAGCUUGCCUUUACAGUAAGUGAAACGGACGAUGCUGCGGAAGGAUGGCGUUGUUUUUCAAAUUCUACCACUUUUUCUUCUACUGAAGCAGAAAAGAUGUGUCGUAAGAAGGGGCAAGUUUUUGGUGAAUUCCGGUACAUCAUGGGUAGAGUAAGUUGCCUACUGUGGAAGACAGAGUGGGCAAUGACAAUGAAUCGAGCAAAAAGCCUAUUGAAAGAGAAUGUUGAACGCGCACUGUGUCAUACAAGACAAGUGUUUUCACGACUAAAUUCUCAUCCAUGA